AUGGUCCUUAGUGCAUGGCUUCACUCUGAAGCAGGUUUAAGUGAAUACAAGAAGAACUACAAAUGGAAGGGUUGGAGAAGCCCCUCCCCAGAGCACAGAGCACCCUGGGCAGGACUGUGCUCUGACCAGCUGGGAAUAACCAAAGAGCCCAGCUUUAUUUCCAAGAAGAGAGUGCCUCACGAUCGGCCACAGAUCUCCAGGUCCUUUCAGUGGGUUAACAGGGUCCUGCAGAAGAAGGCUGGGCUGAAGACAGACAUGCGCAGGAGCUUGGUUUACAACAGAAAUAAGGAGGUUCCUCCGUUCAAGUCGGGCAGCUUUGUGCGUGAGAGCAAGUACCAGAGGAACUUCAAGAGCUCCCCUCCCCCCAAAGAGCUGAGCCUGCGCACGGACCUGGAGGAGCGAGAGGCAGAAAACAUCUCGCCGACCAGCAACUCAAAGGUGUCCUUCAAGAUACUCACACGUGGCUCCAAGCUGGUGAUGCUCCCCCCACACCUCUGCUUCACUUACUCUGUGAAGGAGCUGAGGGAGACGGCAGAGGCUUAUAGGAAGAGAGCCCAGGGAACCCACUUCUCCCGAGAGCACCUGAACCAGAUUCUCUCAGAGAAGAACCAAUUCUGGGAGGUGUCUUCCUCCUUGACCCUGGAGGAGUCUGCCAGUGAGGACAUCAGAGCCCUGGACCUGGCCAGAACAAUGGUUUUGAAGAGAAGCCCCAGCCCAGCGAGGUCUGGUUCUUGUUCUCCUGUGCAGAGUGACACUUCUGCCAGGAAGUCUCCAAGCGACGACACAGAGAAAGCCAGCCUGCACAGUGGAGCCACCCUCCCGGUGAGGAGACUGGCCUGGGGAGAGGAGGAGAACGAACACGAGGAGCAGGAAACCCUGCGGAGAAGAGAGGGAGAGCAGGCCCAGGAAGAAAAGCAAGACGAGCAGGAGAAAGAAUGGUUUAAGUGUGAACUUCAGGUUCUCUUUUGUUUUUUCAGAGGCAAACUUGCAGGACAAAAGUCAUCUGCUAGGUCUGGCUCCAACAUCACCCCUGUGUCCUCAGACCUCAGCAAUAAAGAUGAAGGGAGACUCCCCACCCCCGAGAUGAAGAAUCAGGGAGGGGCCCCGAGAACUCACCAUGAUCUCACCACGCCAACAGUUGGUGGUGCUCUUUUAGUUUCACCACCAAAACUGAAGCCUUCACCUAAACAGGACCUACAGACAGAACCCCUUCUUGGAAAACCUUAUUCCCCCCACCAGUACCUUUGCAGAGAGUCUGCAGAGAGGACAUCGGACAAGAUGAGGGAAUGCACCUUCGCAGAGAGGACGUCGGACAAGGUUGAUGUAGCUGGCCCGUCACGGUCGUCCAUUGCGGCAGGGUUGAAAACCAGCGACCCUCUUCCCCUGAGAGAGGACCCAAGAGAGGACAGCAGGCUGGCCGACUCCCCUCCGGCAGCUUUGAGAACUCCUUCCAAGUCUUCAAACAGCACUGCCCCCAAAAACACAGCCCCUGCCUCCCUCUCCCCUCACAGGGAGGCUGUGAGCCGAAUCCAAGGGUCUUUGAGGGACCCAGAGUUCCAGCACAAUGGUAACAUUGGAGGCCCAAGACCAGGCCUGUUUAGAUUCUCUUCCAAUGACUCUGAAAUCUCUGAUAAUGAUGACGGAAUGUCUCAGAUAUCUGCGAGAUCAGCAGCUUCAAGCUCUCUUGCCUCUCUGAUCCUUGAACGCACUCAGAAGAGGAAACACAACUUUUGGGGCAAGAGUUGAUGUGCACUCACAUAUUGUUGAUCAAAUGUUUUAAAUUGUUUAUCUGAUUUAUUAAAUGUUUCUUCUUGUUGUUGACUGAAAGCUUUUGAACUUGGAUGCAGAUUUAAACCAUUUCAUAUCCUGAAUAUAUUUUUAAAGCAUUGGUACUGUCUUAACAACAUGACAUUUUAUCAAACCA